AUGUCCAAGGCCAAGGCGACUGAACUCCGCGGAAAGAAGAAGGAAGAGCUUCUCCAGGUUUUGGAAGAGCAGAAGAACGAGUUGGCCAACAUCCUGGUAUGUAUGAAUAGGCAUUUAAAUUAUUUUGCUUUUAGGUCUCAAAGGUCACUGCUGGUCCUACCUCAAAAUUGGCCAAGAUCAAUGUUAUCCGAAAGAACAUCGCUCGAGUUUUGACUGUUGUUAACCAAUCCCAACGAGAGAACUUGCGAAAACUGUACAAGGUUAGUUUUGUGCCUUUUUAGGCGUUUGUAGUUUCAUUCAUUAUUGGCUAUGCAGAAAGCUAACAGCAUUUUUGACGUUCAUUAAGUGCAGUUUAUCCAUGUUUUUGAAAAGUUUAUGUUUGACAAAAAUAUGAAUUCUUUUGAAAGUUUUGGUUUGUGAUUCGACUUGGAUUUUUAUUAACCUCACAUUUAAUUUGUAGAACAAGAAGUACGUUCCCAAGGAUCUCCGCCAUAAGAAGACCAGGGCUCUCCGUCGUGCUCUUACCAAACACGAAUUGUCUCUCCGCACCCACAAACAGCAUGUCAAGGCCACCACUGUUCCCAAGAGACUCUAUGCUUUGAAGGCCUAA